AUGAGCACACCAACGGCAAACCCCAAAAAGCCUCCUCGAGGUCACUCGCAGGCUCCUUCUCCUUUCUUCUUGAAACAACAACAAGCCAACACUCACCCUUCGGAUACAACAUCUCCGAAUACAUAUUCUCCUUUUCAAAAACAACAACAAUCACCUCAUACUUCAUUUCUCUCUGGUAGUAGAAUCACUUCUCCAAUCCAUCAUCCAAUGACUACCAAUACCACCACCUCAUUCGACCAACAUUCCUUUCAAGAAGAACAACCUUCAUCCUUUCAAGAACAACAACAACCAUUCAACAUGUCUCUAUUUCAACAAUAUUCUCAACAACAAGAACAUUACAAUGAUUCAAAUAUUUUUCUUAAUCACGAACAACAUGUCAUUAUUCCACUCUCCACAUGUUCCUUUUCAACACCUCUCUUUUCUUCAAUCGGAGAAUCAACACCAAUUUCUCCCUCUCGUUCUCGAUUAUCAUCAAAAUUAGGAGGUGAAUUAACUGUUGGUGAAAUUGAAGGAGAAGUGAUUCACAUCUCAUCACCUCAUGAUCAAUUAAUCUCUUAUUAUUGCAAUCGAGGAGGAGUCAUUUAUCCAAAUAUUAUCAUUCCACAUUUAUUAUAUGGGGAAGAGAGUGGUUAUAGUACUCAACAAUAUGAAGAUUCAAUGAUGCAUGAUCAUGGAACCAACAACAAUAACAAUUCGUCAUUUCUUUCUCAUUUCAUACAUACAAGUAUACCACUGGUUUCUUCUCAUAUUUAUGAAUAUUUACAGAAAUUAACUCGAUACAUUCCAUAUUUGCAAGCCAUGGUUUCUAUGAAAGUACCUUCUUACAUGUUGUUGUUGAAGAGAAGAAAUUCAUUACCUCCUCAUUCCAACAACACUAGUGCCAUGACUAGUCCAACCACUACUACUACGACUGCAACAAAUAAUGUUACUACUACUGCUACUACUACUACUACUACGAGUAGUAGUACCAUGAACACCACCACAACAACACCAACACCCAUGAAUGAUGAUGGAGUCCAAUGUAUGGAUUUUCAUCCAUUUUUAAUGACUAUGGCCAUUCUCUUACAUGAUGAUCAUAUCUAUUUCUACAAUAUAUUGAAUGAAGAAUGGAGUGAACAAGUAUUGAGACAUGAAUUUCAAUUCAAUGUUUCAAUGAUUAAAUACAAACCAACCAAACAAAAUGAAAGUGUAUUAGCAGUAGCAUGUGAACAUGGUAUUUUAAUAUGGGAUAUUCAUCGAAGAUUACCAGGUAUGAGUCAUUCGACCACCAUGUCUGCUGCGAGUAGUAGUACUACUACUACGAUGAACUCUGAACGAAUGAAAGAUGUGAGUCGAAAUGGAGUGUGUGUCUUUUUACCAUCCUCCACUCGAGUGAAUGGUAUUUCAUGGGGUGUUCAUUCUCAACAACAAUAUCUUUUAGCUUCAAGUAGUCUAUUGGAUCAUCGAGUAUUUAUUUGGUCAUGUCAUGAAUCGACGAAUCAAGAUUGGAAAUUAUUGAAAACAUUAACCAAAUUCAAUGGAGGUGUUCGACAUGUAGAAUUCUCACCAGAUUCAAAAUAUUUAUUUGUUUCACAUAUUACUAAUGUAUUUAGAGUGUAUGAAACUAGAAAUUUUGAUUUUUGUGAAAAGUGGUCAUGUUUUGAUCAACCUGUAAAAUCAAUGGCAUGGCAUGGAUCUGAAUAUUUAUUUAUUGUUACUGAAGAUUCGGAUUGUAUUCAUGUAUUGAGAGAUGAAACGAGUUAUUUAAUGAAUCGUACUGAAAGUACUAUGUGGAGUACAAGUAGUGGUGGUGGUAAUGGUCAUCAUCAUACUAUGGGAGGUACAAGUAGUGGUGGUGGUGGUAGUAAUGGUCAUACUAUGGGAGGUACAAGUAGUAGUGGUAAUGGUAGUAGUCAUCCUACCAAUGAUGAAUUUCAUUUUGAAUAUCAAUGUAAAAUUCCACUCGCUCUCUAUUCUCCAUUCAAGACUCAUUCAAGUCUCUCUCAUAUGAAAUGUUGUGGUAAAAUUAGACAAAUUCAAGUACAUGGUGAACGAUUAAUUGUAUCUUUUGAACAAACACCACUAUUGGCAGUCAUUCAAAUUGAUUGUUCAUCUACAAGACAUUUCAUAUGUAGACCUAUGGGAUACAUUCGAGGACCAACACCAAAAUUAUUACGUGAUGUGAAAAAGAAAUCUACAACAAGACUCACUCUUCGAACACCAGAUGAAUCUACUCAACCUAUCAUGCACGAGGAUGACGAGAAUUCUAAUACAUCUUCAUCAGAUAUAUUUUCUCAAGUGAUUGAAGAAUCCAAUUCUAAUGGAUAUCAUUUACAAUUUUGGAAUAACUUUGAAAAGGGAAGUUUAUUAUCGGUGUGUUGGAAAGGAAUGGACAAGGACAAGAUUUCCCUCUAUCCAUUCUAUUAUCAUGUUGUAAAACCUCAAUGGAAUACCUUGUACGAUGAAAAUAAUCAAUUCUAUAGAAGUAGAUUGAAUAAGAAUAUUGAAAGACAACAACUCGAUCAUGAUGACGAGGAGGAUGACACGGAUGAACCCGUAGUAGGCAUUUCUCACACUCCUUUCAAGUUAUUUGAUGAUUAA